AGUAGUAAAAGUGUGACUGUGUGAGUACGCUAUUGUAGCAGUAGUCAUGAAAUCCGUGUAAUAAUACGAGUUGUUGUAGUUUACUCAUCGUCGAUAUAGAGGGAGAGAGAGAGAAAGAGAUAUAUACAUACACAUAUACUUUUAGUGAGAGAAAGCGAGGAACACACGCAGAAGAGAGAGAAAGAGAGAGAGGUAGACCUUCCUUGGCCUGGCCUGAGGCUUCGGUGUCUCCGUCCCCACUCCUCCUUCUACCCUAAAAUGUGGCGGAUAAACUCUCGCUAACGUGCGCCGCUCUCCCUCCUGAAAGUGUCCGAUUCACUCUCAGGGUUUACUGAAAUGAAAACUUAGGUUGUAGUCAUCUUUGAGAUCACUGGUUGAGUGUUAGUGGUAUUGAUAUCUAUUUAAGUGUUGCAGUUGGAAUUUUGGAGUGAAAAUGGGUGGUAAUGGUGAGGAAGUUAAUACUGAUAUGAUCCAGAGACUUCAAUCAUCUUUUGGGAAAUCAUCAUCUCCAGUCCUUCCUAAACAACAACAACAACCUGGUUCAAUGAACCAACUUGACAUACCCCAGCUGAAUACUUCGCAAUUUCAGAGUCAAAUGCGACAGUUCUCUCCAAAUUUUAGCUCUGAAAACACAAGCAAAAGGGCCGGCAUCCCGCCUUCUCAUCCGCAAAUGCCUCCCAUUUCGCCUUAUUCGCAGAUCCCGGUGUCCAGGCAGGUGAAUCAGCAGAUGGGUGUCCAGAAUUUUAGUGCUUCAAGCCCAGGGCCUUCUCACUCGCGAUCUCUAUCACAGCCUUCAUUUUUCUCUCUUGAUUCCUUGCCACCGUUAAGCCCCUCGCCAUAUCGGGAAUCCCCUUUGACAUCCCUUACUGACCACAUGUCUACUGAUGCUUCAAUGGGGGAACGGGAUGGCAAUUCACAUUCUUUAUUGCCGCCCUCUCCUUUCUCAAAGUGUAAUUCGAUGCGGGCAGGGGAGAGUCUUCCUCCUCGUAAGUCACACAGACGGUCUAACAGUGAUAUACCCUUUGGGUUCUCUAGUAUCCUGCAAUCCUCGCCCCCACUUGUCCCAUUAGGGAGUGCAGGUGUUUUAGAUAGGUCACUGCCUGCAAAAGAGAAUUCGGGUGGCAAGCCAGUGCAGUUGGUUAAACGGGAAACUAGUGUUGAUAAGGGCAGCGAGAGCAAUGCUGAAGGAAUGGGUGAGAGAAAAUUUGAAGGAGAAAUUGUUGAUGAUCUGUUUUCCGCCUAUAUGAAUUUGGAUACCAUAGAUGCAUUGAACUCUUCAGGUGCUGAUGAGAAGCUGGGCAGUGAAAACCAUGAAGAUUUAGAUAGUAGGGCUAGCGGUACAAAGACAAAUGGUGCUGAUAGCAGUGAUAAUGAAGCAACAAGCAGUAUUAAUGAAAGCGGAAAUAGUAUGCACAUGUCAGGAGUGCCUGCUUCAACUGAAAAGAGAGAAGGGAUUAAAAGGAAUGCAGGGGGAGAUAUUGCCCCAACAACCAGACACUAUAGGAGUGUUUCCAUGGACAGCUUUAUGGGAAAACUAAACUUUGAUGAUUCACCAAAAUUGCCCCCGUCACCUGGAACUCGCCCUGGGAAUCUCUCCCCUACCAAUUCUCUAGAUUCAAAUUCAAACACAUUUAGUUUGGAGUUUGGGAACGGUGAAUUUAGUGGGGCUGAACUGAAAAAGAUCAUGGCUAAUGAGAAACUUGCUGAGAUUGCAUUAACAGAUCCAAAACGUGCCAAAAGAAUUUUGGCCAACCGUCAAUCUGCUGCUCGUUCCAAGGAACGCAAGAUGAGGUACAUUGCAGAGUUAGAACAUAAGGUGCAAACAUUGCAGACUGAGGCUACAACAUUGUCUGCCCAACUUACACUUCUGCAGGUGUUAAUGUUGCAUUGCUUAAAACAUUUUUUUGUGGCAGGCCUUUUAAUAUUCAUAAUCUUACUGAGUUUUUCUUUUAUCAUUCAGAGAGACUCUGCUGGGCUAACAAGCCAAAAUAAUGAAUUGAAAUUUCGCUUGCAAGCCAUGGAACAACAAGCUCAACUUCGUGAUGCUCUGAAUGAAGCAUUAACUGCGGAAGUCCAACGCCUGAAGAUAGCAACGGCUGAACUAAACGGAGAUGCCACCAAGUUUCAACAGCUUUCGAUCAAUCCUCAGAUGUUGCCGAUGCACCAACAUCAGUCUGCUCGAGUAAACAUGCAUCAGUUGCAGCAACAGCAACAGCAUCAACAAUCGUCCCAGCCUCAGCCGCAGCAUAACAAUACUGCAUCAGCAAAGCAUGAGUCGAAGUAAUAGCAGCUUUUGAUCGACGGCACACAAUUUGAAAAAAUAGAAAGAAAAAAAAAUCAAUGUGUGCCUAUGGCCCUGCUUUCUAUACUAGUAAUAUCCCAUUCAAUGCAUUCAUUCAUUAGUUUUGUGUUUGCAAGAAACAUGCCAAGGCAGCAUUUUACAUGAUGUACUGCUCGCUCUUAAGCACUUAAAUUUCGGUUACUUGUCAUAUACGGGCUUUAAUAUAUAGUAGGGAGUAUAUAUUGUUUACAUGAACUUAUGACAUUUGGAAAGGUGAACUCAGAUGUUCUGUCAACAGUAGUGGUUUUCGAAGCUCCUUUCCUGUUGUUGCUU